GCGUAGGCAGAGGUGGACGAGUGUGUGGUCGCUGUGCGGCUGGGAGCGGCGGUGUGUGGUGGCCGGGGGUGGGCUCGGGGGGCCGGAUGGCGGCGGUGCCGCGCCAUGUUGCGGUGGCUUGUGGCGGUGCUCAGUCACUCCUGUUUUGUUUCCAAGGACAUGUUCUACGCGGUGCGCAAGGGCCGGCGGACGGGCGUUUACCGCACCUGGGCGGAGUGUCAGGAGCAAGUGAACAAGUUCCCCUCCGCUACCUUCAAGAAGUUCGCUACUGAGAAGGACGCCUGGGCCUUCGUGCGCUCCGACCUCCCGGCGCAGCAGCAGCCUUUGCCGGCAGGGGCACAGGGUCCUGCACCUGUAACACAGGAAAAUGGUAGCCAGAGAGAGGAACCAGAAAUAAAUGCAUUGUGUUGCAAUACGUGCAAAAGGCCGUAUGAACAGUCUACCGGUGGAGAGCACAUUGCAAAGCGUGUAAAACAUGAUGAAGUAUACUCAGCGCCAACAGUCAGUGAAGAUAAAUUUUCAUAUAUGGGUGAGUUUGCAGUCGUUUAUACAGAUGGUUGUUGCUCAGGUAAUGGACGUAGCAGGGCACGUGCUGGAAUAGGUGUCUACUGGGGGCCGAGCCACCCUUUAAAUACCAGUGAAAGACUUCCUGGACGGCAGACUAAUCAAAGAGCAGAAAUACAUGCAGCCUGCAAAGCAAUAGAGCAAGCAAAGAGUCAAAACAUCAAGAAACUUAUUAUCUACACUGAUAGCAAGUUCACUAUUAAUGGUAUUACAAGCUGGGUUGACAACUGGAAAACAAAUGGCUGGAGGACAAGUUCAGGAAGAAGUGUAAUAAAUAAAGAAGAUUUUGAAAGGCUUGCUAAUUUAUCAAAAGAUAUAGAAAUUCAGUGGAUGCAUAUUCCUGGUCAUGCUGGCUUCAGAGGAAAUGAAGAAGCUGAUAGACUAGCAAGAGAAGGAGCUAGUAAAUAAUGGUCCUGAUGUACAGAGACUAGAGACCAUCACAGCGGGAGGGAAAGGGCCAGGAUCACAGUGACAACUUGAAUGGCUACAGUUGUUUCAGAGUUGAACUUUGAAGUGUACUUCUUUAUGGCCUGAAGUGUUAAACAUGUACCAACUUCACUGGAGAAAACCAUCACAUUUUCUUUCAUAGCAUUUGUUUUACAAUCAAGUUUUUUGCUUUUUUUUUGUUUAAUCUGAUGAUACAAAGUGCUUGCUUUUACCCCAUCUUACUGAAGGGCCUCAGUCAGUAGUUUUAAUUGUCUUGCAGACUUCUGAAUUCACUGUAAAGACAGACUUCGGAAGAAGUAAUAUUGAAUCUUUAUCUUGUGUUCUGUAUUUUUCUCUUAGCAAAAUAAAUUAUUUUGUUG